AUGGGCUUGCUUUUGAUUUUUCUCUCCAAAUUUUUCUUACUCCCCUCGAUGAGCGAACAAAGUAAUUUUGUUUGCUAAUGAUGAAAGAGGGCAGGGAGUUAGCCUUUUCUAGCACUUGCCCUUACGAUAGUUGGACCUCAGGUGGAAAUUCUGGUUGCAACAGCUCAAAGUAUAUGAUUGAUUCAAAAAUUUGUGAAGCUUCUUGCCCUUCUUUAUUUACCUCUUAUCAGCAAUGCAGUCCUACAUGCUAUAACUAUUGCAGCAGCCCUACUGGUGCAAACGCAAUUCUAUUUACGCUAGAAUUUUCUACUAUAAAGAAUCUGCAAUUAAAUUAUAUUGUUAGCUCAACUGAUUCAACUGAAAAAUUUAUAAAUCCGCUUUCAAUUGCUUACAACUCCGCAACAAAAAAUUCACCACUCCCAACACUAGAUCGUGGCUUUUAUAUUGUUUUAUGCAUUUCUCUAAUAAUCAACCCAACUAACUUAAAGCAAAUAAUUUACUUUAAAAAAAGAAUAUAAUUGCUAUCUAGGACAAAGGACUGAGUUUGCACUAAAUUUAAUAGAUAGUUAUGAAUUAUAGCAGAAACUGGUGUAAAAAUCUAUAAAUUCAGUUAAUUUUGAUAUAUUUCGCUCCAACAUCAAAAGCAAGUAGCAAUAAAAGUCAUAUCCCUGGCCUCUAUUUUACUCUAAAUUUAUGAAUUAAGUCUCUUGCUAGCGGACAAAUUUUAAAUGUUAUUUCAUCGACAAAUAGCUAUAUACAAAUAUCAGCAGAUCCUUCAAAUGCUUAUACGUUUACAGUCAUAAUAUAUGAUUCUAAUGGAUCUGCACUUUCUGUUUCUGGCUCAAGCUCAGUGCAUUAUACAUCAUAUUGGCAUACAGCUUCAAUGACUCUUUCUCAAAUCUCUUGCAGCGAUAUAAGUUUUACCUUUAGUAUCAAUGGACUGUCAGCUGGCUCUAUAUUAGGUCAUGCAUAUCCCUCAAUAUCAAACCACUUAGUUUGAUAAUAAGAAAUGUAAAAAAUAAAUUGCAGUAUUUUCGCUCUACGCUAUUAAAGCGCGAUUUAUAGUAUGUUUACACAUAGCAAAAAAUUUUAAAUUAAUAUAUAAAAGAGUUAAUAGAAAAAAUGGAUAUCGCUUAAUUAUCGUAGAUAAGUAUGAAUCCAAUUGAAUUCCGCUUUAAAAUGGAUAAACACAAAUGAAUCACCUCAAGCUUAAUUAUUUAUCAUAGGCAUAUAUAUUAUCUAGUAUCGAUUUCGCUAAAUUAAAUGCAUUUUAAAAGAUUUAAUCUGUUAGAGUAACUUAUUUUAGAUAUAAAACAUGAUAUAUCUUAUCUAAAUUUAACACAAAAGCAUCAGCUAAAUUUGCUAGCCAUUUAUAAUGGGGACAUAAAAUAAGGUAUAAAAUAUAUGUAAGCAUGCUAUAAAUCACCUUUUAAUUGCUUAGGAACUAAAAUGCUGCAAUAUCUCUUAUAUUUCUUAUUAUUAAGAUUAGAUAACUUGGAAUAGGGGAGUAGGGUCUAUUAUUGACCAUAUAUUAAUAAAUAAUGCUGAAGUAAGGUAUCCUGGCACCUCUUUUAUAUGAACUUUAGGAGAUGCUGGAAAUUCAUUCAGAGGAUUUAUAUACUGGCUUCAAGCAAGGGCUGAUACAACAGCUUUCUAUGGAGCUAUGAGUAAUACUAUUGAAUGUGUUGAUAAACAAUAUUGGGAUGGGUCAGCUUGCCAAGAUUGUAAUGUAGCUUGCAAUGAUUGGCCUUGGUGUGUUAGAAGCAGCAAUUGCAAUUAUUGUUAUUCUCCUGAUUGUUCGUCUUGCUCUGGGUAUUUAUUAUCAAUGUGCACAGCAUGUGGAACAGGCAUUUCUCCAGGGUGUUGUGAUGUCAAUGGGGCUACAUGCACUCAAACUUGAACUAAUACAGUUUGUAAUGCAGGGAAAUUCCUUAUAGGAGACAUUUGUUUGAAUGCGUGCCCAUAUGGGUUUGGUAACUGUUUAGAUCCCUCUUUAUAUGUGUCUACACCUGUAAUAACAGCAGAUUUUACAGGCCCAUUUGCUGGAAGUUAUGGAACAGCUUGAAUUACUGCUGCAAGUUCUUCAAGCUAUAAUUAUUGGAGUUCUCCAGAAACCUCAGAUCCUUUUCCUGCUAAAAAUAGGGGUCUUUUACUUUAACUCAAAUCUUACUUACUUAGUUACAUAGUUUUUAAGGUGUCUAGUGCCCACACCCCUUAAUGAAAAAGGGUCAAAGCGACAACUAGUGACGUCACCAAGCCAUCUUGGAAUAUGUGGUCAGCCCACACCCAAGCCUUCUAUGAGGCUAGUCGCCAGAUAAAUCGCCGCACAUCUCACCCGGCGCGUUGCCGUCGCUCGUCCAGACUCAGCUCCUGCGCGUGUUCCGCCUAAGGGUCAUCCUCCCGUGGGGACGUGCUGAGAGGUAAAACUCCGAAAUCUUGAGUGCACUGAGGAGUCGUGCCUUUGGUUAUCCCCAAAGUUAAACGACUAUUGCUGUGCAGAAGUUCUCGAGAGAAAACCAACCCAUAAAUAAAAUUCCAUGAGGGAGAGAAAAUUGGCAGAGCCAAUUUCUCUCGAACCGAAUGCCAUUUUAUUUAUACUUUAACUCAAAUCAGUAUUUGGCUGCGUCAAUUGAUCUGUCUUAUACUUGGAGUAUAGCUAUGUGAGUUUAUGCUAUUAGUGGGACAAUUAUCAGUCAUAGUGAAAAUGGUGCAAGCUAUUUUUUUGAACAAAAUCCCUUUGGACAAUAAUCAAUAUUGUAGCCCGAAAUAGAAAAACGAGAAGUAAUAUAUGGCACACUUAAGUACAAAUAAAUAGAAAAAAAUUUUUUUUAGUUAAAUUAAAAUAGUGAUAAUAGCUUUGAUGUUAUAAUUGGGACGACUUCAAUAACAGUGCAAAGAUGAGAUGGAUUAAACCUCUCAUAUUCACUCACAAAUUCGCUAUCUUCAAAUGUCUGGACUUACAUUUCGUAUUCUAUGGGGUUUGUGAAUAAAGCAGCUGCUUUCACUCAAUGAAAAAAUAAUAUAUCAACUCCAGCAUCUACUUACACAAACCGUGUAUUUAGGGUACCAGCUGGAGGAACUUUAUAUAUUGGGAAAGGUUCAACAUAUUUUAAUGGGUUUAUUAGCUAUUUUCAACUUUGGCAAGUUGUGAUUACUGAUUUUUCUGCUGGCUAUAAUCUUUAUGGGUUUACAGGAAGUAUAGUAAAAACUUUAUGGCCAUGCGAUUAUUCUCACUACUAUGAUGGAAUUUCGUGCCAAUCAUGCUUACUCCUGACAUUUUUUAAUGGCAAAGUAGAAAAUUUACUAAAAUAUUUACCAACAGAAAAAGACUCUACUAAAAUAUUUUAUAUAUAUAAAAGAUAGCUUCUUGCACGAUAGGCUGUACAAGAGGAGUAUCCUGCUAUAUUUGUGAUGAUAUUUUAUGCUCAAAAUGCUUGUCAUUCUCUUCAGGAGAUUGCACAGAAUGCAUUGCUAAUGCUUCAGGAUCUCCAUGUUUAUGCAAUUCUGGGUAUUAUCAGCAGCAAAGCCAAGCAGUAUGCUUAUCAUGCUAUAGCGCUUGCAGUAUUUGUGAUGGAGGUGGGUAUCAUCAAUGUAAAAGCUGCAAAAAUGGCUCUUAUUUUCUUAAUCUCCCUAUUUAAUAAACACUUUUUUUUUUGCAGACAACCAUAAUAAUAUGCUUCUGCAAUUUUUUAUUUUUUCAAAAUUAAUUGCAGAAAAAGUUAGUGUGCAAUGCUUAAAUGAGUGCCCAUGAGGAUAUUCUCCAAAUUCUGCAACAAAUAAUUGCGAUUUAAUAUCAGUCUCAUUUUCAAUAUCAUUUUCUAACAACAUUCUCUUAGGAACUAUGUCUGGAGUAAAAGUCGGCUCAUCAAAUUCUAAUUCAUAUCCAAUUUAUGACACUUAUGAUCCAUAUCCAGCUUAUUUAAGAGGCUAUUAUUUCAAUCCAAACAGCUUUUUGCUUACCUCUUUUAUGUUUGCUCCUAAUUUUUCAAUAUAUAUGUGGAUUAAAGCCUUUUCAGAUGGCUUAGUUUUAACCAAAUAUAUCGGUUCAAUUCGACUAGUAGUACAAAUUUUGUCAUCAGGGUCUCCUAUGAUAGAUCUUUUAUUAUCCGAUCUGUCAACUACCAUUUUGGUAGCCGGACCAUCAAGCAUUCUUAACAAUUGAUACUACGUUUCAUUUAGUUGCACGAUUAAUACUGAUGGAACAACUACAGUAAAAUCUUAUAUUGAUGGAGCUCUAAAGGAUACUGCUAUAAGUGCAAAUCCUCUGUACUUUCAAGACAGCCAAUCCGGAGAUUUUUAUAUUGGAAGCAAUUCUCAAGGAUUUUCUGGAUUUUUGUGGAAACUAAAAUUUUUUUCAGAAAAUAGUCAUAGUUUAGACGAUUGGAAGGGCAGUGGGUGUACAAGUCCUUGCACAAAAUGCUCAGUUGAUCUGACAUGUCCAGAUGACUGCCCAUUGUCUAAGUAUUUUAAUGGCUCUUCUUGCUCGGAUUGCAUUACUUCAUGCAGCAAAGGUUGUCGAAAUUCUGAUACUUGCAGACUAUGUAAAACCAAAGAAUGUGCUACAUGUAUAGAAUUUUCUGGUGCAAAUUCCUGCUUAACUUGUAUUACAAAUGCUAUUAGCGAUGGGUCUGGCGGCUGCACUUGUGCCUUAAAUGCUUUCUGGGUAUCUGCAACUCAGACUUGUGAGAUUUGUGACAGUCUUUGCUCGGUUUGCAUAAAAACUACCUAUUUUGAAUGCUCAACUUGUUCUGAGAAUUAUAAAUUAAUUGGUUCUGCGUGCAUAAAUGGCUGUCCAUAUGGAUUUGGAGUAUCUUGUUUGCCAGUGUCUACUCCAGUUAUAGAUCAAUCUUUUAACGGUGAAUUUCAAGGAUCAUAUGGAAUUUUUAGAACAGGGACUAGCUCAGCAACUUUUCAAUUUUUCAAUUCUCCUGAAACUUAUGAUCCUAUCCCUGCAUAUAAGAGAGGCUUAUUUUUUGAUGGGAGCACAUACUUACUUUCUUCAACUGAGAUAUUAAUUUCUCACAGUUUUUCUAUUGGGGCAUGAAUUUAUGUAAUUUCUAAUGGUGAUUGGUUGCAAAAACUAUCUAGGUUAACUUUAUACUAUAAUAAAUUGUAAUUGCAGUGCUCACCAAAGCGUAAAUAAUUCGUCAAAAAUCAUUGCUUUUAAUAUAAUUUUAUUAUAUCUUCAACAGGAGACAUUAAAACAAGCUUAGAAAGCCCUACACAAGUACUAGCUAUUCUAUCCCUGCCUUCAGGCUCCACUAUUAGCGAUUGAGCGUACUUGUCAGUCACUUUUAAGUAUAUUUCUGACAGCACAACUUUAACGAUUUACAUUAAUGGCAUUUCUGCUGCAAACUUGGCUGUAUCUAAUUAUAUUUUUAGAGAUCUCUCUUUGACCAACUUAAUGAUUGGGAAAAGUGAUUCUUCAGGAUUUAUAGGGUUUAUUAAUAAUUUUCAGCUAUGAAAUAUCCCUAUCAUCGACUUCACAACUUAUAUUAAUACAAUGUGCGGCUCUGGCCAUUCUUGUGCAUGGUCCUGCAAUUUGUCUCAUUAUUAUAAUGGAGCUUCUUGCUCAGCAUGCAAUUCCUGCAGUAAGGGAUGUGUUAGAGCAUCCACCUGCAAUAUUUGUAAUGAUGUUUUGUGCUCAGUUUGCACUGGAUUUGAUUAUGGAAAAUGCACUCAAUGUAUAGCCAACGCGAGUGGAGCCCCUAGCUCAUGCACUUGCAAUACUGGAUUUAUAAUUUCUUCGGAUGGAUUUUCAUGUAUGGCAUGCUCAAAUGGAUGCUCUCAAUGCACUGAUAUAACUUAUCAAAAAUGCAUUUCGUGUUUGCCUGAAUUUUAUUUUUUCGCUAAUACUGGGCAAUGCCUAACUGCGUGCCCAUCUGGGUUUACUAUAAAUACAGGGACAAAUACUUGUGAUUAUUUAACAAAUUUGGGGGCUAGUUUGGAUUUAACAGAUCAGAUUAGGCUUGAUACUGUUUCUGGCUUUAGUGUAGGGAAUAAUAAUGCUAACGUCUACCCAGAUUGAUCUGAUAUUAGGAUUAUUAAAGACAGGCUCUAGCCAUAUUGGCGACACAAUCACCAAAGCCUCCUAUAAGGGAAGUCCAUUCAGUUUGCGACAAAUUGCUCAGUAGGUCUAUACGUAACAGUAUAAUGUUUCCUCCUUCCCUUGAGGCUUUAUGAAUGGGGGGGCUUAUGGAUUUCUACAGCUUUACGACGACCGAUUGUAGUAGCUUAAUUCCUGGGAUUAAGUCCUUGGAGUUUAUCAGGUUCCAAAGUGUCUUUCUUUGGCAGCUACAGGAAAAACUGUUCUCUAUGGCCGGGCUAAAAUAUGGUUUCUCGGUAGAGGAUACCCAAGGGCCUGAAGGAUAUUGCUGAGCACCUCCAUUUCCAGCAACAGGUAAGCAACCACAACCUACCCGAUAAACAUUUGCUGAGACUGCAUUUGUUUCUCUGAUUCGAGUUUGUUCCAGUUAUCUUUGGACUUAAGGUUUGGACAGUUAUGCCAAUAAGGCGGGUUGGCACGUACUGCCAUUUUAAUGUAUAUGAUUGAUCUGAUAUUUAUGAUCCAAUUCCUUCAUAUAAAAGAGGAUAUUAUUUUGAUCAAAAAAAUUAUUUAUCUACCACAGUCAUGAUAGCACCAUCUUUCACAAUUUCUAUAUGAGUUAAGGCAUUAGGAGCUGGAAUUUUAAUGACUAAAUAUACGUCAAACGAUAUCCUUAAAAUAAAAAUAGACUCUUCAGGAAACCCACUCCUUCUAAUAGUAUUUUCAGAUUUAUCUGCUGCUACUUUAUCAACUUCUGUUAGCAUAUUAAACAGCUGGCAUUUCUUAAGCUUUACUGGGCAAGUGCAAACUGAUGGUAAAACAAUUCUAAACUCUUAUAUCAAUACAGUCCCAAAUAAUUAUCUUAUAACUACAUCUUUGACUUAUUUCAAGGAUACUCAAAUAGGUACACUUUUUGUUGGAAAUGAUGAAACCUUGGGAAAUUUAGGACUUAAAGGAUUUUUGGCUCGACUUAUUAUAUAUAACUCUUAUGACUAUCAGUUUGAUGAUUAUACAACUUCUUCAUGCAUAUCUGGCUGCCUUAAAUGCCCCUCUAACCAUCAAUGUUUAAGCGAAUGCGCUCUAAAUGAAUAUCCAGAUAGCUGUACAGCUUGUCUGCCAGGCUGUGACAAAGGUUGUGUUAGCGAUUUAACUUGCAGACUUUGCAGAGAUAAAGAAUGCUUAUCAUGCACAACUUUUACAGGAGAAUGCUUAACCUGUAUUUCAAAUGCUUACAAGCCAUCUGAUCACUGUAUGUGUAUUGCGAGUGCUCUAUGAAUUUUUAGCUCUCAAUCCUGUGAGCUCUGCAAUCCAUCUUGUUCAGUCUGUUCUUAUCUUAAUACUGAUAACUGCUUAGCAUGUGCUACUGGAUAUUCCAUGAACUCAGGUAAAUGCGUCAAAAGCUGUUCUUCAGGAUAUUUAAACUCUCCAAUUGGCUGUGUUUUGGCUAAGAAAUUAAUAUUUGAUUUAGACUUAAACACUCUAAGUGGGGUAGUUUAUGAUAAAGCAAGCUCAAUACCUGUAAUAACUGGGUCAUCUGAAAAGUUUUAUCCUGAUUAUGAAGAUGAUGACCCUAUCCCUGCUUAUAUGAGAGGAUUUUAUUUUAAUGGGAAGUCUUCUAUAAUGAGGAUGCCAGAAUAUUCGAACUAUAUGUCACCUAAACUUAUUAUUGCAUCUAUGUUUGCUAUAUCAAUAUGGAUUAAUUCAGAAAUUUCAAAUUAUGCACUGCUAUCUAAGCAUACUUUAUCUGAAGGUUUAUCAAUAAUUUAUGCAGCUUUCGUCAUGAAUGAUAAGCCAGGAAUUUCAUUAAUUAUAGACUCAUCUUCAUUCAUGUAUACCAUGAGGUAUUGAAUUUUACUUAAGAUAUAAUAAUGGAGCCUUAAAACUAUGCUUCUUGAUAUCUUGGUUUUUUUUGGACUGAAAAUGCACUUUUUGGGAUUAUUAUAUUAUUUUUAAAUUAGUCAAAAAAUUAUAUUAUUUAAACAAGUCUUGCAUUAUAAGUCCCACUUAAAUUUCUGAUCAUAUUGAGACCACUUAUAAAUUAUGCAAGAAUCAGAAAGUCUAGCCUUCAAAGCAUGCCAAAUAAAAACUUAUUAAAGUUUAGCAUACAUAUGUCAAACUUCUUUUAACCAUUAUGAGUGAAGCCAUUUAGCUUUUACGUUAGAGCAGCUUGAUUCUGGAUAUAAUAUAUUUCUAUAAAAUGUAUAUGAGCUGCCAAACAUCGACAUUUUUCUAUAUAAAUAUAAGCAACAUAAAAAUAUUAUUUUGCUUAAAAGCAACUAUUCACUUUAUAGAUCAUAGCAUAACUUGCUAUAUAAAUGCAUCACCUAGUCCUUCUGCUUUAGCAGGAUAUGAAGAUUUCCAAGAUAAAAUUUCUCACACGACAAUGACUAUUGGAGCUCAACUAUCAUUAGAUGGAAUUUAUAAUUUCUAUCAAGGCUUUAUAUAUAAAAUUCAGAUAUAUAAUGGCAUAAUCCCAAUUUCGCAACUCUCAACAACAAUCUGCUCAGAAAAUUGUGGGAUUUGUCCUGUAAAUCAAAUAUGCAUUCCUAAUUGCAAAAUUUAUGAAUAUUGAAUCGGUCCAAGCUAUAAUGCAUGCUUUAAAUGUAAUAUAAACUGCAAGAAAAGCUGCAGGGAUUGACGAUCUACUUGCUCACUAUGCGAGAAUCUACUAUGUAAAGAUUGCAUAGAUUAUUCUGCUGCAGGGUGCGUGGCUUGCGAAGAAAAAGCUAUAAACCCAGAAUCUUGCAUAUGUGAUAUUGAUUUUGUGUUGGAUAUUUCUAAUAAAAGUAGCUGCAUCCCAAUAGAGUCAGGUGGAUUUAGAGGCUCAGAUGGACUUUUUUAUUCUUGCCCAGAUCUAUGCACUUCUUGUGAGUCUCUAACAAAAUGUAUAGCUUGUGUAGAAAAUGCAAGCUUAUCAAAUAAUUUAUGUCAUUGUGGCUUAGGCUAUAGUGGUGCAAAACAAUGCAGCCGAGUUGCAUUCUCAGCUAGCCUAAGGGUUUUAUCAGAUAAUUCUUUAUACCUUAAUUUUUCAGACAAUCUUAUCAACCCUCUCUCGUCCUCUGAUUUUACUAUAAAGAUUAAGAACCAUAAAGACUUUUCUUGAAAAAUUGAGCACAAGAAUGAGACAUACUAUUAUAUUUCUUUAAGCUUUGAUAGCAAAGUUUCUAAGGGGACUUUAUUAGUUCUUGAAUUUUUAAAUCUUACAGAAAUCAGAUCAGUAUCAAAUGGCUUAUUAAAUUCAUCUGAAAUUUCUGCAAAUUUAAAUUCUUAUGACCCAGAUUCUUAUUCUUCAACAAUUUCUUCAAUUACUUCUCAAACCAAGGCUGCUACACAAACAAUUGUAGCAGUAUCUGCUGUUUUGUCAAUUAUAAAUCCAAGCGCCAGUUCUUUAUGAACUAUGAUGAACACUCUGCAGAUUCUCAGCUAUUUAACACUGUCAGGGAUACCUUUAUCAGACAAAAUGAUAGCUUUUUUGAACAGCUUGAAUUCAUUUACUCCCCCUCUGUGAGCGAACAGAUCUAUUAAAAAAUCCAUCCUCUGAACAAAAUUUUAUUUAAUAUAAAAUUUUGUCAUGAAAAAAUAUAUUGCAUAUAUAAGUGAUGAUAAGGAUAAUAAAAUCUCUAGCUAAUUCUGUUUAAUUUUAAGCAAUUUGCAUUUUAAAAGAUAAAUUUUGAGUUCCAAUUCUUGCGAAUAGGAGUUUUUAAAAAUUUUGAAAAAAAAUUUAUAUAGCCUGUGAGCUAAAAAAGUUCUUUAUUCGCUUACAGUGGCGGGAUUAGCUUUUUUCCUAAUAUUUUUAUAUAUUUUAUAGAAAAAGAUCAAGGGAAUACUCCUUAUUCUCAAGCUCAGACUUUUGGAUACGAUUCCGAUUUAAUUCUAAUUAAUCAAGGAGAUGAUUUUACAAUAAUUCUGGCAUCCUUGGUGGCUUUUCCUGCGGUUUUCUACUUUUCAAGAUGCUCGCUAUGAUGGCUUAAUAAAAAAUUUAGGAAAGCUUUAAGCUCUUAUAGAUACGCAUUUUAUUUAAGAUUUUGAAUUCAAUGCUAUCUUGAAAUAGGUGCUGCUGCUAGCAUAGGCCUAGUAAAAUUUGGUUAUAGCAACCCUAUCCAAGCUGCAAACAUUGUUUUAUGCAUUAUUUUAUACAUUCCUUUAGCUAUCACUCCACCCUUGCUAUUUUGAUUUUCUUAUAAGAAUAAAAAUAAAAUCAAAUAUAGAGAGAAAGCUUUUAACAACUUAUUUACUCCCUCCUUUAAUUGGAACAAAGAUUCUUGCUCCAAUUUAAAAGGGGUUAAUUUUUUUUUAAAAACAAUUAUAUUAAAUUUUUAAAUUUAACAUAAAAUUUUGAGUUCAAAAAAUUAAUUGAUUUAAUUUUAAAAACUGCUUAAAUAAUAUCCUAACUUUUUCCAUUAAAUUAGGUCAAAAUUAUUUUAUAAAAAUUAGUGUUUAUAAUUAUAAAAUUUUUCUAUUGAAAAAAAUUGCAAUUUGAAAGGGUUUAAAGUAUCAAAAAAAUGGAAAUUUAUCUAUAUUUUGUUCCUACUAAAUGUGGAGUUAGUACAUUUUUUUAUGAAUUUCGAACAGAUAAAGGACUGCUUGCAACACAAUAUUAUUUUCUAUUUUUUGCUAGAAGACUAAUAUACAUUGCAAGUUUGGUUUAUUUAAGGGAUUAUCCAAAAACAGAGGUUACUAUAAAUAUUCUGCUUUCUUUAUCUACUAUUAUGCAUCUAUUUUUCUACUGACCAUUUAGUGAUCAGAUCGUGCAAAUAAGUAAUUUAUUGACUGAAAUAUUAGUUUGGGUUACUCUGGCCAUUUAAGAACGAGCAAAACCAUUAAGGAAAUCCACAUUUUUGGAAAAUUAAUGCCUUAUAAGAGCGAGCAAAAAUAUACAGCCGGGAAUGAGCUAUAAUAUUUGAUAUAAAUUAUUAUUAUGAGAUCUCCACCUAAUUCUAUUAAUUUUGACUCUUGAUUCUUAAAUAUAAAACUUCAUAGCAUAAGUUAAAUUGUAUUUUCUAAAAUAAAAUUUUAUUUUUUAUGGAAAUUUUAUAUAUGAAAGAUAAUUGGUCUGCUUUUAAGAUCAAGCAAAAAUCUUGCUCUCUCUCUUAAAGAGAAGUUAGUAAUGAUUGCUAUUUCAGUAUAUUUAUUUUAUAUAGAUAAUAAAAUAGUUGCCAUUUUUGAAUAUACGAUAGUUGCAGCUGUAAUUACAGUUAUGGGAAUUCAACUAUUUUCUUCAGUUGCAAUUUUUUCAAGGACUAUUUACCAUUUAAUUCGUAAAAAUCUCAAAAAAUCUGAAAACUUAGAGAAAUACAAUUAA